CUCCAUCUUCUUUGGUAGUGCGUGAUUGCUACUGUUUACCAUUGUUGGGGCCAGUGGUAGUGACUGCUCUCCCUCCGGCUCAAGAUGAAGCCAUUUGCACUCCGUCUGAUCUUGUUCGCCGUCUUGUUUGUUCUUACGGCGGCCUGGACCAAGGAGGACUAUGAAAUCUUUAGUAUCAACGACGAGGUUAUGGCAAAGGAAGGCCAUAAUGUAACCUUCUACGACUUCCUCGGAAUUCGCCCCAAUGCCAAACAGGAUGAGAUCAACAAGGCGUACCGCAAGAAAUCGAAGCUCCUUCACCCGGAUAAGGUUAGACGGUCUUUCAUUGCCAAUAGCUCUAAGGACAAGAGCAGGGGCAAAACCCAGAACGGCGUCAAUGUCAACAAGGGUCCCUCGCAGCGUGAUAUCUCCGCCGCCGUCAAGGAAGCGCAUGAACGAUCUGCUCGCCUCAACACUGUUGCCAACAUUCUUCGUGGCCCGUCUCGCGAGCGGUACGAUCAUUUCCUCAAAAACGGGUUCCCCAAGUGGAAGGGUACUGGCUACUAUUACUCACGGUUCCGUCCCGGCCUGGGAUCUGUGCUGAUCGGUCUUUUUCUCGUCUUUGGUGGUGGUGCCCAUUAUGGAGCUCUUGUUCUUAGUUGGAAACGCCAGCGGGAGUUUGUUGAUCGGUACAUCCGCCAGGCCAGAAGGGCUGCCUGGGGAGAUGAAACGGGCGUCCGUGGCAUCCCUGGUAUCGACCCCAACGCAAGCGCCCCUGUUCCCACCCCUGACGAAGGUGAAGCGAGCGCCCUGCCUAUGAACCGCCGCCAGAAGCGUAUGAUGGACAGAGAGAACAAGAAGGAAAAGAAAGGACCCAAGACAACUUCCCGCAGCUCAGGUACCUCUACACCGACAACAGAGUCCAUCAGCCCCACUGGAGAGAGAAAACGGGUGGUUGCAGAGAAUGGCAAGGUGUUGAUUGUGGAUUCCACUGGCAACGUCUUCCUUGAGGAAGAGACUGAAGAAGGCGAGAAGGCAGAGUUCCUGCUUGACAUUGAGGAAAUCCAUCGCCCAACCGUGCGUGACACAAUGGUGUUCCGGGUCCCCAUUUGGUGCUUCCAAAAGACCGUGGGCCGUCUUACCGCACCAUCCAACGCGGAGGACGAUGUGGUCGACUCUGAAGAAGAGGUCGUGGAGGCCGCGGUGCCAGCAGCUGAGGAAGCCAGCAGCUCCGCAGUGACCUCAAACGGUGGUCCUUCCAAAAAAAGAAAGAAGCGCUCUCAAAAGUCAUGAGCAGUUGGCGGAUGCAGACCCGUGGUUUCAGAGUCCGCCUCCACAAUUAUUCUUGCAGAAUGGAGGCACAAAAACAGUGUAUAAAUACAUCGUUCAGUACAAAAGAGAAUAGCAAAAGAGAUGAGCUUUUUAACAGAUCUCCACUCUGAUAGUCUCACAUCACCAUAUCAUUACAAUCGUCAUUAUCACUACUAGAAACCCGAUUUUCUCCACUUGACUUCGAUUGAUGAUACCCGGGGUUUGGCCUU